AUGUCGGUUUAUUCAUUAAAUUCAUUAAAUUCUCUGGAUUCCUUUCCCCCAUCGGCCUCUAGAUGUACAAGUAAACGUCCGACCACAAGGGCCAGCAGUGUUGCACAGGAGAUCAUCUGCGCUGUCAGUGAGUCGCGGGGCGUCUCAACCACCGUUGGCCUCGCAUUUAUCAACCUUGCGACAGCUGAAUCUGUGAUCUGUCAGAUAUGUGACAGCCAGACUUACGUCAAAACAAUCAUCAAGAUAGGUGUUUUUGAACCCAACGAGAUCCUGUUCAUGAACACCGCCAAAGAGUCGAAGCUCCGUUAUAUCAUCGAAGAGAAUCUGCCAGAUCCCAUCUUAACCUUCCUGGAUCGCAGGUGGUGGUCUGAAAAGACAGGCCACGAGUAUGUGGAACGGCUGGCUUGUCUACAGGAAGUCGGGUCACUCAAGCUGACUCUGGGCGGGAACUAUUUCGCAGCGUGUUGUUUUGCCGCAGUCCUUAAGUAUGUUGAAGUCGAACUCCAGCAAUCCUUUACCACGCAUUCUCUUCGGAUACGCUUCCAGCCGUCCGAGGGGUCCAUGUUAAUUGAUUUGUCGACUAUUGUGUCCCUCGAACUCAUCCAAAACCUGCAAAAGGCGAAGUCCAAGGAAAGUUUGUUUGGACUACUGAACGAGACAUUGACGCCUAUGGGGGCCAGACUACUCCGAGCUAGCAUCUUACAGCCUUCGACAGAACGAGUCAAGUUGACAGCCAGAUACAAUGCCGUGGAAGAUCUGGCCACUAAAGAGGAUAUGUUUGUGUCUGUGAGGCAGGCGCUCAAAGGCUUUAUCGAUGCAGAUAAAGUAUUGACUGCGAUCAUCUUGGUUCCCAUCAAGCGGACAAUCUACCAUGUCGAACAGUCAGUCAACACUAUCAUCAUGCUCAAGACUUACGUAUCUGCGAUCAAACACAUCUUCCAGGCGCUUGGAGCAGCAGAAAGCGAUCUACUACUUACCAUACGCGAAUUGUGCGCUCCUGAGGGGCAUCGUUCAAUUGAGGAGCUGAUUGACAGAACUCUGAAUGAGCAUGUAGCCUACCAGUCAAAGCCACUUGAUCUGAGAAACCAGCGCAUUUACUGUGUCAAGGCCGGAGUUAACAGUCUCCUUGAUGUUGCGAGGCAAGCAUAUAAAGAAGCGAAUGCGGACGCCACAGAGAUGAUUGAGAGAUUAUCAGAGAAUUGCGAUAUGGUCUUAGAUUUGAAGUAUGACACAGCCCGGCAAUACUACAUCUGUAUUCCUGCUACGGAACUAGGUCCGCUGCCGGAUGUUUUUAUCAACGUGUACCGCAAGCGAAACCGCAUUGAAUGUCAGACAUUGGAUUUGGUCAAGCUCAAUCAAAAGAUCACCGAUUCCCACAACGAGGUGAUCAAUAUGAGCGACCAGACGAUCCAGGACCUGAUCCGAGAUGUGUCCGCCGAAGUAUCCGGGCUUUUUCGAGUCAGUGAAGCAAUUGCAAUACUAGACAUGCUUGGAUCAUUCGCUCAGCUAGCAACAAAAUAUGAGUACAUCAGACCAGAGCUAACCGAUACUCUCGCCAUCAAGGCGGCACGUCAUCCGAUCCGAGAACAGAUUCAUCGCAGCAAGUUCGUGCCGAACGACGCAUAUGCAACACCGCAAACAAGAUUCCAGAUCAUCACAGGUUGCAACAUGAGCGGCAAGUCGACCUACAUCCGCUCACUAGCCCUGGUCACAGUCAUGGCGCAGAUAGGCUGCUUCGUCCCAGCUCAAUACGCCUCUUUCCCAAUCUUUCACCAGCUUUUCGCCCGCGUCUCCACGGUAGAUGAUCUAACCGCCAACGUCUCCACCUUCGCGGCAGAGAUGCGGGAGAUGGCAUUCAUCCUUCGUAACAUUCAGCCACGCAGUAUGGUCAUCAUCGACGAGUUAGGCCGCGGCACUAGCACAAUCGACGGCCUCGCCAUCGCUAUCGCGCUAGCAGAAGCACUCAUCUGUAGUAAGGCCAUGGUCUGGUUUGUCACGCACUUCCACCACCUGCCACAGAUUCUCGCGAAGCGCAGCGGUGUGAUCAAUCUCCACUUGGCAGCAGACAUUUCUCCCGAUGAAUCCAAGAUGACCAUGCAUUACCGCAUUGCAGAGGGUCCUGUUCCAGAACGUCGAUAUGGGCUUGUGCUUGCCAAGCUCGCCGACCUCCCACCUGCCGUCAUGGAUAAAGCACACUCCGUGUCAGAGGCAAUGGACCACCUGGCUAAUCGUAGGAACAGCCCGGGGCGUGCUGGUGCUAUUUCCCUGAAGCGGAAGUUGCUUUUGUCUCUACGUGAACAAUUACUUCUCAUCCGUGCCGGUACAAAGGACGGUACAAUGGAUAACAAUAGUCUUCGGGAUACAUUGAUUAAACUCCAGGAUGACUUUGCGAUGCGCAUGACUGCCAUCAACAGAGAAAUGGAGUUAUGCCCCGAUGAUGAAACCAAGACAGAGCCUCUUAGUGGGACUACUUCCAACUUGUCAGUUCAUGCACCUGAAACCCAAGCGUCGGGUUCAAGCAAGAGUGACAAGGGAAUGCGGGUGUCGGAGCCCAUUGUCAUUGAAUCUGAGUCGGAUUCUGGGCCUGACGAUACCACGGACAAUGAUAGUGUGGUGUUGAUUGAAUGUUGA